AUGAUUGGCUGCCCAAGCGGAUCCAUCCUCCAGACUUCGUUUGGUGGGAUCGACUUUUCGUUGUGCGUGUUCGGUGAAUCCGGUGCAACUGCGUUGUGUUUCUUUAGUCUAAGUGGAGGCCUUGAGGCGAGUGACCAGGAGAUCGGCAUCUCAGUUAGCGUUGAGUAUCUCUCGAGCCCGAUCAAAAGCUUCUCCGCGCCUGCUCUGAGCGGCAAACGCACUGCGUGCCCCGUGCUGAUUGCGCCUACCUCGGUGACACCAAAGACGCUAGCGCUGCUGACGGGUGGUGCUAUCCAGCCUGCUGCACCAAGACAUUUGAAGGCAGCAAGUAGUGAGAGUAAGUGCGCGUGCAAGUAUACGCCUCGUCCGUGCGUCUACUUUCAUGGCUUGGGGAACCCAAACGAGGAGGCAGGACUGCAGGACACUCCGAAGUUGACGAAGAACAAGGUUGGAAACAUCGGCGAGCACCCGCCGUGCUGCAUCACGGUCAAGUACGCUGUUCUCAACACCGUCGACUAUGGCUGGACGAACGACUCACUGCAGCAAAAGUUCUGCGAUCACUCCCUUCCGAUGAGCAGCACCAGUGACUUGAACACGCGCAUUAUCAGAGACACGAUCAUCAUAAUGCACUCGAUGGGUGGCCUCACGAUGGCGGGCGCUCUCGUCAAUGGGAGAUGCCGCUUCAGUGACAGCACGGCGUGGGUUAGCAUGAGCGCGCCGAUGCGCGGGAGCAUGGACGCAGACUUCAGCCAAGACGUGUGCAAAAGCUCAUUCCUGUCGAAAAUCUAUAGGCAAAGUCCCGCCUCCGCCGCUCGGAAGUCGCAUUCGUACCAGAACGAGCUGAAUAUUGCGUACGCCGCUGCUCAAGAGGCGUACCGAGGCAAUGUGACUGCGGCAAUGUGCAGCACCGACUAUCGCGGAUUGUUUUGGGGUCUGGAUGCGGCUUCGUUUGGCGACAGCUAUCGCGAUCGGUUCUACGCACCGAAACUCAACCACGCAGACACGGCUUUCCUCACGCACGACAGCUUCUUCAGGGACCUCCAAAAGCCCUUCAAGUGGUUCGAGUGCUUGCUUUAG